AUGAAGUUCAACUACUAUGGGCUGAAAGCCGAUAUUUAUGGGGUUUUGGAGGCUCGGUUGGGUACCUUUCUGUCUCUGUUCUUUUUGGACAUUUUGUUUCUAAUGUCUCUGUCUUUCAUUUGCUUUCGGAUGAUUUUCGUCUGCACCGGCAUCCGAGUCGGACUUGGCGAAGGAGCAGCGGAUGGAGAUGUUGACGGCACGUUCGUGGGUACUGAAGUCGGGAUUGCAGAAGGAGCAACGGCUGGCGAAGCGCUUGGCACGCUCGACGACACCGACGACGUAAGCAUCGAUAGAUCAGCCGGCAUGGCUGUAGCUGUAGUGGGCUGGACUUGCGUUGUCGCGAUCGAAGUUGGGGCACUGGUGGGUGCCGUUUUUUCUCUGUUGUUGGUCGUCAUUCUCUUUCGUAUGUCCUUCUUUUUCAUCUGCCUUUCACGUCCACGCAAGGCGCGCUUGCUGCCUUUAGCAUGA